AUGAAGAGGAAGAUAAAUAUUGCAGUUGGGAAAAGUAUGACUGACAAGAUGGUAUCCACUGCAUCUUCACAUGGUGGCAAUACAGGUGUUAAUGCGAAGAGGAAACGAAGGAUAAGGGUAACAGUUGAAGAGUCACUAAAUGUUUCUGACCCAGAUAUGGGACACAAUGAGAGGACAACAGUUGAAUAUUCAGUAAAUAUUCUUGUCCCAGAUCUGAGACAUAAUGUGAGGACAACAGGCGUUUCGUACGCUUAG